AUUUCAUUCUGAUGGUGUCAGCCACUGGAAUUGGAAUUGAGUGGACAGAUACAGUCCUUGGACUCACAUCCCUCAGAAACAAUGUCAGUGAUGGCUAGUGAUACCCAUGAAUUGUUAUGUGCAAGUGGAAUGCACAGAAUGAACAGUAUGUGAGAAGGGACAACGUGGGGUACUAGGUCUCUGCUGCUCCCCAUGGACCCUGAAGAAGAUUUCCAGAGACAGGAGCAGCACAAGUUGGAGAGUGAGGCCUGGGAUAACCCUGCUUAUAGCAACCCUUCUUCCCCACGUGGAACACUGAGCAUCUGCACCAUCACCAGUGUGGUGCCCCCACAACCCCAACCCAUGAACCCUGAAACACCUAGGACCCUGAUGUCCAGCUGUUGCCUGAGGGUCCAUCGUGGCAUCAGAGGACUUUGGGGAACGACCCUGACAGAGAACACAGCUGAGAACCGGGAGCUUUACAUCAAGACCACCCUGCGGGAGCUGCUGGUGUACAUCGUGUUCCUGGUGGACAUCUGUCUCUUGACCUAUGGGAUGAUGAGCUCCAGUGCCUACUACUAUACCAAGGUGAUGUCAGAGCUCUUCUUACAUGCCCCAUCAGACACCGGAAUCUCCUUCCAGGCCAUCAGCAGCAUGGCAGACUUUUGGGACUUUGCCCAGGGUCCUCUACUGGAUGGUUUAUACUGGACCAAAUGGUACAACAAUAAGAGCUUGGGCUAUGGCUCCCACUCCUUCAUCUACUAUGAGAACAUGCUGCUGGGGGUUCCAAGACUGCGGCAGCUGCGGGUCCGCAACGACUCCUGUGUGGUGCAUGAAGACUUCCGUGAGGACAUUUUGAACUGCUAUGAUGUCUACUCAGCUGACAAAGAAGAGCAACGUCCCUUUGGAUCCCUCAAUGGCACAGCGUGGACAUACCACUCUCAGAAUGAGCUGGGGGGCUCCUCCCACUGGGGCAGACUCACAGGCUACAGUGGAGGCGGCUACUACUUGGACCUUCCAGGAUCCCAACAGGCCAGUGCAGAUGUACUCCGUGACCUUCAGGAAGGGCUGUGGCUGGACAGGGGCACUCGGGUGGUCUUCAUCGACUUCUCAGUCUACAAUGCCAACAUCAAUCUCUUCUGUGUUCUGAGGCUGGUGGUGGAGUUUCCAGCCACAGGAGGUGCCAUUCCAUCCUGGCAAAUCCGCACGGUUAAGCUGACCCGCUACGUCAGCAACUGGGAUUUCUUCAUUGUUGGCUGUGAGGUCAUCUUCUGCAUCUUCAUCAUCUAUUACGUGGUUGAGGAACUGCUGGAGAUCCACAUCCACCGGCUGCAUUACCUCCACAGCAUCUGGAACAUCCUGGAUCUCGUGAUCAUAUUGCUGUCCAUUGUGGCUGUGGGCUUCCACAUAUUCCGAACCCUGGAGGUCAGUCGACUGAUGAGCAAGCUCCUGCAGCAGCCAAACGCGUAUGCUGACUUUGAGUUCCUUGCCUUCUGGCAGACACAGUACAACAACAUGAAUGCUGUCAACCUCUUCUUUGCCUGGAUCAAGAUAUUCAAGUACAUCAGCUUCAACAAAACCAUGACUCAGCUCUCCUCCACCCUGGCCCGCUGUGCCAAGGACAUCCUGGGCUUUGCUGUCAUGUUCUUCAUCGUGUUUUUUGCCUACGCCCAACUUGGCUACCUGCUUUUCGGAACCCAAGUGGAAAACUUUAGCACUUUCAUAAAGUGCAUUUUCACUCAGUUUCGGAUCAUCCUUGGGGACUUUGACUACAAUGCUAUCGACAAUGCCAACCGCAUCCUGGGCCCUGUCUACUUCGUCACCUACGUCUUCUUCGUCUUCUUUGUGCUUCUGAACAUGUUCCUGGCUAUCAUUAAUGACACGUACUCUGAGGUCAAGGAGGAGUUGGCUGGACAGAAGGACGAGCUGCAGCUUUCUGAUCUCCUGAAACAGAGCUAUAACAAGACCCUACUAAGGCUGCGUCUGAGGAAGGAGCAGGUUUCUGAUGUGCAAAAGGUUUUGGAUGGCGAGCAGGGAAUCCAGUUUGAGGAUUUUACUAAUACCUUGCGGGAGUUGGGGCACGCAGAGCAUGAGAUUGUUGAGCUCACGACCGCCUUCACCAGGUGCGACCAGGAUGGCAAUCAGGUUCUGGAUGAGAAGGAACAGGAACAGAUGCGACGGGACCUGGAGGAGGAGAGGGUGGCCCUCAGCGCCAAGAUUGAGAACUUGGGCCAGUCCAUUGUGAGCAGCCCAUCAGGUGAGCUAGGUCCAGAGACCAGCAGAGCAGAAGGCCGCAUUUCAGAAGAAAAAUUCUACAUGCUCACAAGGAGAGUUCUGGAGCUUGAGACUGUUCUGGAAGGAGUUGUAUCCCAGGUUAACGCUGUGGGAUCAAAGCUGAAGUUGCUGGAGGGGAAAGGGCAGCUAGCUCCCUCCCCGGGCAUGAAGCACCAAGCUAUUUGGGAACACUUGAAUUCAGCCCCUGCUGUGGCUCCAGCACCCCGGAGUUUCCCAGAGAGUGGUGAAGGGAACCCCUAAAGCAUCAGACAGCAGGCUCUGCUCAGCCUCCUAGGAGGCCCCCUCUGUACACCCUGAACUUGUAAGGCAACAGGCCCUGUCAUGGCUACUUCCAAGUCCCACCCUGCUUCUGGUGUUGUGAACCAGUGUUUUCAGUGCGUAGCCAUGUAGCUCUGUAAAAUAACUCUUCUCACCCCCUCUGCACUUAGCUUUACUGUGGUGGCCAAAAAUACCACCAAUAAACAGGAUAACAGAAGGGAGGGUAACGACUCUCUCCAAACACACAGUAGCUGUGCUUCGUGAAAAAGGUAGACACCAAGAGCACAGGCAAAUGUCUCGAUGUCUUCUUAAUUGCUGGGAAAACUGAUCCCUUGUGCAUCUAGACACAUGGCUAGAACCCAUAGGUUUCUUAUCAUCCCCUGUAGAAUUUCCCUGUGAAAGAGAAGAGGGAAGCCUUGAGCCUUUCACAGGGUGAUUGCAGCACUGCAGAGGAGUGAGUGGCAUCCUUCAAGAGCAAAGUCAGCCACCAAGGCCCUUGUGGAGAGUCAGCCACAUGGCAUUCCACUCAACCUUGGGG